AUGGGGAGCCGGCGAGCGGGGUCAGCGAGGGGAGCCGCGCGGCCUCCGGUCCCAGGAGGCGGCGCCCGCGUCCGCACCUGCCGCUGCCGCGCCCCGGGCCCCGCAGGCCGCCCUGGGGGCGCCGGACCCCUGGGGGCGGGACCGGCCUCGGGGCACCGCCUGGGUCCCAGCCGCGGCCCGGCGCCCGGCUCAGCCAUCCGCGGGGCCCCGGGGCCGGGCGGGGCGCACCUGGCCGAGCCGCGCACCUGGCCGGGGCGUGGCGCCGGCCCCCGGGCCCCUAAUCCCGGCUUCGGGGCGUCAGGUUUCGGGGGCGGCAGGAGGUUCGGGUUUCCCCGCUGCCCUCCGAGUCACGCCCCUUCCCAACCGUCACCCGCGCGACCGUUGGCGUCGCCUCCGCGCGUCGCUCGGGGCGUGGCCGCGCGUGGAUUGGCUCCUUGGGAGCGCGAGGGGGCGUGGCCGGGCGGUUUCUUCUUAAAGUGGCCGGGUCCGCGGCCGGCGCGAGCGGAAGGGGACGUCGUGGUCGGGCAGCUGUGGCUCUUCUGGCGGCAGCUGCCGGGCCGAACCGGACCGGACCAGACGCUGCAGGAGGCGGCGGCUGGCGCGUCUUCGUCCUCUCUCGCUCCGUCCGCGUCCCGGGAGCUGCCCCGCCCCCGGCCGGAGCGGGACCCCAGGGCCUUGGGCGCCCUCGCGGCCCCGGGCAUCUCCGCGCUCAGUGCCGUGGCCUCGGGGGGAUGUUGCCGCGUCUGCUCUCCGCGGGGCCCGGCGGGCGGCAGGCUCGGUACCGACGAGACGGUCUCAGUCGGUUCCUGGGGGUCUUGUCGCCGUCGUGGGAGUCCAUGGGGGCCCCUCGAGCUCGAGCUGGUAGCGUCCCCGGACAAAGGGCCCGGGUGCGGGGGUGUUUUUACGGCCGGCGCGCGGCUUACUUCCUCCCCGGCCCCGCGGGAGCGCUUCCUUCCUGGCUGAUCCUGCAGCCGCCCCGACACGGUCACCUCACCGGUGCCUCUGGCCGCCUGGCACCCACAGCCACAUGCAACCCGCCUGCGCGGACACCCCCCUCACCCCCCGCGGGUGUAAUCCGGUUCGGGACUCGGUCCCCGGGGAGGCCCCCACCGCCCUCCUAUUGUUGGGGGCCAGGUGAGCAGCUCAUUCCCACUAGAUUAGGUUUCACCGCCUACUCCUAGGUGCGCCUCCCGGGACUGGAAAUCGGGGGGUUCUAUCCUGGCCCCAAGGCAAACCCCCCAUGGCUGGACAGCG